AUGCCUUCCCCGCACGACCUCCAGUCCCUUCUCAAGUCCCUUGCCAACCAAUUUCAGUCUUCAAAGCUCCUGCUCUCUUCUACACCACUCAAAGCUAUUCAUAUAUCGCUUACAGUCUUCGCCGCUUCUAAAAUGGCCCAAGGUCCACGUUGGGUAAGGACUAUGAAGGACCCUUUCCGGAAGUCUGCUUACAACAUCGCAGAGAAGAUACUAGUAGGGUCAGGACCUGCUGAGGCGAAGGCGUUGAGUAGGGAGAUGAGUAACUUUGAUCAGGAGGUGUGGGAUGCGAACUGCAACGGAGUUGUGGAGGAAGGGAAUCUUUUGAAGUUUCAGCGAAAUGAAAACUUGAAGGACGUGCUACUGGCACCACCAGGACUGGGCAUGUGUGGAAACGAGUCCGACUAA